UGCCCCUCUCUGGAUGUACGCGGUCGCGGUAUAGUCUCAACUUGGUGCUCAUCGCAUUGUCGUCGCGGCCGAGAGAGAAAAUUCGCCCCCGCAACCGGAGAACGCACGCUUUGGUUCCGGUUUUGGUGCUCGCGCGUUCCGCCCCGGCUUGUUCCGCCCGACGCCACUCGAGAGACGCGCGCUGGUCUAUUUUCACCACUAUGGGACAGAAUUAAAACAGACGUGCUGAACAGAUGAAAGUUCUGUCACUCCCGUCCAGUCUCCAGCUGCCUUCGGCUUCCGUAAUGGAACGCAUCCCUAUACCACUUCCCUUCUCGCCUGACCUACUGUGGCGCUACCCGCUGGCUAUGGCCGGCGGCCAGCAGAGCCAUCAGCAGUCGGCCCAGCUCUCAGGGGCCAUGUCGCAGCACGUCGGCAUGGACUUCAAGACGCACCUGCCAUCAACCCUAACCACGGAACCGCGCAACUGGUCUCGCGAGGACGUACUCACUUUCCUCAGGUGGUGUGAAACCGAGUACGAUCUGCCCAGGUUCGACAGCGACACCUUCCAGAUGAAUGGUAAAGCCCUGUGCUUGCUGACCAAAGCAGACCUUAACGAGCGAGCGCCUGGCACUGGUGACGUUCUGCAUAACGUUCUGCAGAUGCUCAGCAAAGAAGCCCAAGCGCAUAUGAUGGCCAUCGCCACUGCCGUCAUGCAAAGGGGCAUGCCUUCGAGCCCAGUGACCCCGACCGCCCGGCUAAGCUACGGCAGCUGGCCGCUGGAUCUGCACUCGCUGCAGGGCCAUUUGGCGCUGAACGGCAACUCUGUCACCCUGAGCCCGGCGCCCUCCAUCGACAGCCAACAGGGCUCGCCGCAACACCACACCGCUUCGGAGCACCAGACCGCUGCCGCCACACACUUCCUCUACAGAAAUUCUGACGAGUCUGAAGAGGAAACCUUCAGAGACAGAGAAAACACGAGUCCCAGGCGGUCACCGGACAGAAAACCCCCGGCCAUCUCCGUCCCGCCCCCUCUCUCGCCGAAAGAAUCCACACUGUCGCCAACGACGCCCACACUGCCCUUCAGCCCAGGUCUCAGUCCCGGCUUAAGGGGAUCCAGGGAGUUUUUCCCCAACGAAAGUUCACCCACUCCCGAGCAUAACACAAAUGGCCGUCUCUUGUGGGACUUCCUGCAGCAACUGCUGAACGAUCCUGGCCAGAGGUACACUAGCUACAUCGCUUGGAAGAACCACGAAACCGGUGUGUUCAAAAUCGUUGAUCCCGCCGGCCUGGCCAAACUGUGGGGCAUCCAGAAGAACCAUCUGUCCAUGAAUUACGACAAAAUGUCCAGAGCCCUGCGCUAUUACUAUAGAGUAAACAUCCUCCGCAAGGUGCAAGGAGAGCGCCAUUGCUACCAGUUCCUCCGCAACCCAACCGAACUGAAGAACAUCAAAAACAUUUCGCUGCUGAAGCACCAACCGGUCGCCUCACAGCAGCAGCAGCUGUCGACGCCACACAACCGGGCCUCCAGUGUGAAAAUUGAGGAGAACGACUACAGCGACAUGCCCACCGACCUGAGCAUGGAGGGACCCACGGACCUGAGUAGUCGGUGUCCUGCGUCAGACUUGCUGGAGCUGCGGUGGGGCAAGCAGCAGGACGAGUCCAUUAAGUGCGAGUCGGCCGCCGACUAAACAAGCCACCCAACGAGACAUUCCCACAGAAAAAUCUAACACUGGCAAUCAACCAAUUGACAAUUAUAUAUUGAAAUCACAAAAUGUAAGAGAUGAAAUAACUAGAGCACAUGUUGUGAUAUGAUAAAGCCAACUUAUAGCUAGGACGUCUCUCGUGCCAUUUGUAGAGUACAGGUUGAGUGGCUGGCCUGUCAACUGAUUUAUUUCUUUGAAACCAAUUCAACUGAUGCAAAGUUCUGUAAUAUAAUAUGUUUUAACUGGACACCAGCUGAUUUUUACUGUGUAAUUUAGAUGCAAUGCUUGUGUAUUUUUCUUUUUUUGGAGAAAGUACUCCGACUGCCUUGGCACUGCGUCUGAGCGCACCCCAAGCAAACCACAGGUCAUGUAAAAAAGCAGCCCUGGCCAGACCAGGACCGCUCGAGCUUUUCAGUGGCGAUCUAUAUGAUUAUUUGUGUACAUGCCACGUUAAAACCCACUUCAGUGGUUGUCGAAGAAGCAAUUUAUUUUGUUUUGCCACGAAAACUUGGUCUUCCCUGUGAUCAGAUCCGAUUGCGAAAUCCAACUGUAUAUCUUUGUGUAAAAAUAUAUCCGUAGAAGCUGAUGACGAUGUGUAUAUAUUUAAAGAGAGAAAGUGAGAGAGAAAAGCAGAAAGCCUAUUACAUUUUGAGCACUCGGAUGAAUAGUUUAAUAUAUUAUAUUGAAAAUGAUGAGAUAUAUAUUUAAAACGCAGUGCUUUUAAUAAAAGAGGUGAGUUCAGAGAGAUAAUGAUUAAUCUUAAUUAGUUGUUAUGUUCCCUUUUUAGUUUCUCAUUUCCUGUCCACAAUUUGUUGUUAUCGGUUGUAUAGAUCAAUUUGGUGGUGUGCGGGUCUUAACAAUUUGCAUGCUAACACACGAAAACACACUGCGCUCCAACACCGUGAAUUAUUAUUUUUACUGAGACAUGUAACAAUCAUCAGACAUUGUUUUGCUCAAAUUUCCUACUUUCGACUCCGCUGGGUAACCAACUUAUAUGUUCAGUUCUACCGAGGAAAGCACCUUUUUACUUAUAAUUGAAUGCUUUUAGGGAGGCAGCUAUUACUCUCUUAAGAUUGUUGCUGUUCAAAAACGAUUUAUAUACAUGUUUCCUGAUUGAAUGAGAAGAUGAAUUUGUUAGUUGUUUAAAGAUCUCAAGGCUUGGUUUAAACAAAAAUCAUUUAACUUUGCAUGUUGUGAAUUUUGUAUUGAAAAAAAAUAGCAAGAAUCGUGUACACAAAAACAAACGAGUACUAUUAUUGUAGCUUUACUGUACUGUGUUCCAUGCAGUUUCUAAAUUAAAAACAAACAUUAUAUUGCAAAGAA